AUGCAGGGACAGCGCCUCAUGGGACAGACUUGGGCAGCCCACGGUGCUGCUGCUGCUGCUGGUGGGGCAGUGGGACUGGCCUUGCUGCCUGCCAGCUGUCUGGAGCCCUGUCCUUCCUGCCCCCAUAUCCCUGCAAUUCCCAUCCCUGCUGCCCUCAUUGUCAUGUCCCUCCCUCACAGCCCCACUCAAGGCCUUCUCUUCAUCCUCCUCCAGACCAUGGAUCUCAUAACAUUCCUUUACAUGCUCCUGCAAAGCCUCAUCCACUACCUGCGGAGGGUGGGUGAUGUUUGGGAUGAGAAGACUCAUCAGCGCAUGGAGCUGCGUGCAAAGCGCUUGGAAAAGAAGAGAAUUCAGCUGGAGCAGGAGCUGGAGCAGCUGGCCCUGAGGCAGAAUGAAGGGGUCUGGGAAGACCUGCUCUGGUCUGCCUUGCAGCUCUGGCAGGUCUGGGCAGUUGCUGGCUUCUUCAUCCUUCUCUUGGGACUGUAUUUUUUCUGGAGGAAAAGGAGUGAUGAGGCAGAAAACAAUGGCGAGGAAGACCAAGAAGACGACGUUCUUGAUGACGAUCUGAGAUGGCUUUUAGAACAGAUACCAUGGCCUGUACAGGACCUGCAGGCAGGCUGCGAGUGGACAACUGGUCUCAUGGACAAUUACACAGUUUACUUUGGACACGUCUUAUCAAACAGUUUCUACCCAGUCCUGCAGCGAGCCAUCGGGGUGGGCAGUGCCUUUGAAGGCUGGAGUCCCCGUGAGCAGGACGUUGUCUAUCAGGUGCUCAUCCCCAUGACUCCUCCGCCAGGCCACAGCUUCCACCUGGAGCUGGACUCUGCAGGGCACAAGCACGUGAGGAACUUCCGUGUCCGCGUGCAGCUGGAGUGCACCUGCACAGGAGAGCAGCAGGGCGAGAACCUGCUGUGCUUCCUGCACCAGCCCGAGGAGGAGCUGAGGAGCAGUCAGGAGCCCAGCCUCCUGGACACCCUGUGCAUCGGCUCCUACCUGGAUGUGCACAAAACUGCCCGCUGGUUCUGCCAGCUGGUGAGAGCAGUCUGGCCAGCUCUGCCUCACUCACACAAUUGGCACUUGACGCUGCUGCCCUCCAGACGCUCCUGCCAGUUCAAGGUGACCAAUGGCAUUGAAAGCUUCAGGAUGGAGAUGCUGUUUGGCGUGCGAAGGGGUGACUCAGACAUCUUUGUGAGCAGCCAGACUGCAGAGGCCUACACCCCAAGCACAACCUGGCCAGAGACCUAUGCUGUGGCAGAGGUAAAGUUCUUCAAGUACAUCGCCAGCCAGGCCCCCGCUGACAGCUUGCACCUGAGAUGCCUGCAGCUCUUCAUCCAUGUUCAGCUGGGCUUUGGUUUUUCCACCUACAUGGUCAAGACCAUUGUCAUGCACCUCCUGAACAUCAUCCCCGUGUCACACUGGCGCAGGAGGUAUUUUUUGCAGCGCCUGGGGGAUAUCAAUGUGAACCUGCGCCGCUGCCUGGAGAGGAAACGCCUGAACCACUUUGUCAUAGGCAACAAGAGACUUCCUCAGGAGAUCAGCUUGCCCCUGGACAUUGCAUCAGCUGAGCCACCCAAUCUCCUCCAUCACCUGGCACAGUCCCCGGCUGCCCACUCCCAGGCGAUGAGCGAGUACCAGGAUCUUCAGCAUCGGCUCGAAAGUAUGCUGCUCAAUGGCCACUGA